UUUCUAGGAAAUUUAUAAACUUACGGUUCUUGUUAUUUUCCGGUGACACAUAUACGUUCAAACUAAAUUUUUGUUUGUCAUUUAUUCUACUACUACUACUACUAAUACCAGGACCACACGGCUCAUCAGAAGAGGACCACUCUAUAUAGGAUUCCCGAGGAUGUUGUAAAAAACGACUAAGGUAAAGGCUGAAACUUGGGAUUCUUCUUGUACUUAGAUGAAAGGCUAGCAAUCUGUCACUAUUUGAAUCUCAAUUCCGUCAUCAAGCCAUACAGCUAAACACGGUAUUUUAGUAAUUUUAAGACUUUUGGCUCUGUUUUUAAGUUGUAGUAGAAGCGCGGAAGCAGUCUAUUAUUUACGGAAAUUCGUAUACAUCUACGCGUGAAUAUAAAAAAAAAAAACAAAUACCCGUGAAUGAUAAAUCUAUGCGUUGUAACAAAUUUUAUAGUGUCCUGCACUGAGUAAAUGAAAAUAAUAAAAACCUUUUUGAUUAGAUAUCUACAUGAAAAAAAGCUGUUGUCAAGGGCAACUACAGUAAAAUAAAAGAAAUAGUUCAAUUUGAAUUGAUAUCAAUUGCCUCUUAUUUUUGUAAAGUUUUCAAAAAAUGCAACAUUUAGUUCGUUGUUUCUGUAAGAAAACUAUCAAUUUUCGUUAUUUUACAAUAAAUUAUCCUAUGUUCGGGCAUAGAUGGUUUCCCGAUCCAGCGUAUGUAAAACAGUUUGAAGGAACCGUCAUGUUCCCAAGUGAAACUACGGAGAAGUACUAUAGAAAGAUAUACAAUUCCAUGUUGAAACCAGUGGAACGAAAACUACAGAAUAUGUGGAUUAAUUUUGGUCCUCAACAUCCUGCCGCUCAUGGCGUUCUCCGUCUCAUACUGGAACUGGAUGGAGAAACUGUAGUUAGGGCCGACUCGCACAUCGGAUUUCUACAUCGAGCGACCGAGAAACUAAUGGAAAACAAACAUUAUAACCAAAGCUUGCCAUAUAUGGAUCGAAUGGACUAUGUCUCUACGAUCUCUAAUGAAGUCGGCUUUUGCAUAGCAGUUGAAACAUUACUGAAUAUAGAAGUACCUCCAAGAGCUAAAGCCAUACGUGUUUUGGGGAACGAGCUGUGUCGAAUAGCAAACCAUUUACUCAAUAUAUCGGGCACAAUUUUAGAUGCAGGUGGUAUCACACCUUUUUUUUGGAUGUGCGAAGAACGAGAAAAAAUUUACGAGUUAUUUGAAAGGCUGUGUGGUGCUCGAGUUCAUUGCGCAUACGUGCGUCCCGGUGGCGUGUCUCAAGAUAUGCCUAUUGGUUUUAUGGAUGAUGUUCAUGAAUUGUGCAUGAAGAUGGGUGAACGCUGUGAUGAAACAGAAGAUGUAGCGACUGGCAACAGGCUUUAUUAUGCUAGGACUGCUGGUAUCGGAGUACUCACUGCGCAUGAUGCCAUUAGUUUAGGAUUUACGGGGCCUAUGUUACGAUGUACCGGUGUAAAAUGGGACAUAAGAAUUGCUCACCCAUAUGAUGGUUAUGAUUUGUACGAAUUUGAUGCUGUUGUGGGAACUUUUGGUGAUAGUUACGAUCGCCAUUUGCUGCGUUUGGAAGAACUGCGGCAGUCCCUGCGAAUUAUCGAUCAAGUAAUUAAUACAAUGCCCGAGGGUGAAGUUAAGACCGACGACUCCAAAAUAUGUCUCCCUUCUAGGAAAGAGAUGAAAACGUCUAUGGAAUCACUCAUUCAUCAUUUCAAGUUGUGCACUGAAGGUUACCCUGUACCUCCUGGAUCUACUUAUGCUGCGGUUGAAUGUCCGAAAGGCGAAUUAGGUGUAUAUAUGGUAGCUGACGGUACAUCGAAACCUUACAGGGUUCAUUUGAGACCUUGUUCAUAUACACAUCUAAUGGCACUCUCGGUAAUGGCGCCUAAAUUGAUGCUUUCUGAUGUAGCUGUACUUAUUGCCACUAUAGAUAUUGUAUUUGGCGAUAUAGAUCGUUGAUUUUUCACAAAAAUGUAUUCCUCCUCAGC